UUAAUUUUAAACCAAGGGUAUUAAAGAUAUUUUACCCUUUAAUAAAUGUCAUUUUUGUGACUUUCUUCUUCUAGUGCUAUUUUUGUGACAUAAACUUCAAAAGUGCUAUUAUUGACAAUUGCCCUUUAUAACUCACCACAACUUGGGGAGCAUUAGGAAGCAGCAGCGUAAGCAAAAGAAAAUUGUCAAAUAUAUCAGCGCCGCCCGCGAUUUCGAAGUAGAGCUAGAUUUGGGGGAUGGAAGAAGUAAGAUCGGCGAUGGAGCAGCAGAUGGAUGCGAUGGCGGAUCUGGUCCAGAAGCUCUCUGGUGAGCUCCGAACCGGACUACAACCUGCCUACGAGAAUUUCAUCGGAUUUUUCCACGCCAUUGAUUGGAAGGAACCUUGGAUAAUGGGAUUAAUGGCGUUUCAUGCUCUGUUUCUGCUUGUUACUCUUCUUUCUAGAAGGCGUCUCAACUUCCACAUGUUCCUCUUCUUAUUCUCAUUGGGUGGGGUAUACUUUGCAGAGAGCCUCAACCGACUCUUGAGAAAAAACUGGAAGAGCUUCUCAACUCAAAACUACUUUGAUCCGCACGGAGUCUUUGUCUCGGUUCUCUGGUCAGGGCCACUUCUGGUCAUUGCAAUGAUAAUCCUGAUAAGCACACUGUUUUCGCUUUGCUAUUUAAUAGUAAAAUGGAAGAGAGCUGAGCUCAGGCAUCGUGCAAGGCUUGCUAGUUCCAAGCAGGACUAGAUGAUGAGAGAGAGAGAGAGAGUCUCUCAAGUCGCUCCCUAGAAUCUUUCUUUAUCACAUCCCUCAUUCUCACAUUUAAUUUAUGUGUUCUAUUAUGUAUUUCUGUUUUGAAAUGAUUUGAACCGGAUAAAACGGAACCAAGCCCAGUUUAUUCUAUUUUGGUUUGGUUAAAGUUUUGAAACCCCCAAGUCUGAAAUCGAAGGGGAGAGCCACCCUAGUUGGGGGGGAGGGGAAUUUAAAUCCACAAAAUUGACUGACUGAUUUCGUAUCGAAAUAAUGUGUGGAAAUCCUUAACUGUUAGAUUUAAUUUAAAUGGUUUUGAAUAUUAUUUUAUUACA